GUGGUUCAACAUCCAGCGCCGCCGCCCGUCCAGCAUCGAGUACGGUCGCCAAGCCCCUCAGGCGGCCCAGUCGCCUUGGCCAACCCCCUACUCCGGGGUCCGCCAGUUGAGCCGGUGACCCUGCUCAAUCGCUCGGUCACGUGGAAGGGUGGUCACACGCCUGGGGUCCCGACCCCUCCUUUCGCACUGCGGCCAUCGGCGUCGGCAACGGCGCUGGCGUCCCCGACCAGGUCCACGUUGGCCGCCUCGCCUCCGCGUCUGCUGCGCUCGCCCUCGCCAGCGCUGCCGUGCAAGGCUGAGCCUCGGCUGACUCGGACCAUCGUCAGCUCCAGCCGGCAGCCGUCGCCCCGUGUGCGGGUGCAGGGGCCAGCCCUGAACCUUACUGGACGCCCGACGUGGAGGAUGGAGAGUCCAUCGAGCGCCCGGCUGGUGUCGCACUCCGCCCGCCAGCCAAUCCUGCUGCCAGCCAAGGGGCCAGUGGUCGUGCAGCAGGUGUUUCAACGCAGUGCCAGUUCUGUUCCACAGUUCGUCUCCGAGCCGACUGCGCCCGUGCCUCUCCGCCUUGCCCCUGCGGCGACCGUACCGCCACUCCCUGGGUACCAGGCGUGCAGUGGCGAGUUCCCUGUGGCCGCUGGCACCUCCCGAGCCUCCUCCUCGGGCUGCCCGCCGCAGGCUUUACCUGGCGGGGAGGAGUCAGAGCAGCUGGCAGUCCUGGAAAGGCUGAAGGUACUGCUGUCAGACCCCAGCGUUGUGGCCAACACAUUGCAAUCCUGCUUCGAGGCGGCCGGAGGAAGCCCUCACGGAAGCGUGCCGUGCCAUGCAGCUAUACGAGCGCUGUGCACGGCCCACACUAUGCUGCUGGCAGGCCUGCCCUCCACGUGCAUUAGUGAAGCAAGGUGGUGUAGCCUGCUGAAACGUGCGGGCAUCUACUCACCGGAGGAUCCGGUCACGCUGGACCAGAUGCGUGAGGUGCAGGCUCAAACUCUAGGGGCCCUACGCGACUGCUUCGCGCCCAAGCAGCUCCUGAGGAGCAUGCGUCGGGUAGCUCGUGCAGAGCCCCGCUUGAAGGACCGAUAUGAAUCCUUCGAGUUUCGCGCGAAAGGCGCUCUGGGCAAGGUAUACAGAUGUCGCCACAUCCAGUCGCAGACCUUCGUGGAAGUUCGGCAGAUCCGCAAAGACAAGGCGUCGGCGCCCAUGGACUUCAUCCGAACGAGCCUACAGCGGAUCACGGAGCUGCAGCAUCCCUGCAUGCCGCGGGUCCUCGAUUGCCUGGAGGACUUCAGGAACUUCUUCGUCGUCUCGGAGCCUGUCGAAGGCACGGAGGUCAUGGACUUCAUGCAGAACUCCUUCGUCCGUGGCAACAGCGUAUCUGAGGCGUGUGUUGCACACCUACUCCGGCAGGUGCUUGAUGCCCUUGCCUACUGCCACGCCCAAACCUUGGGGCCCAUCAUCCAUCGGGACCUACAGCCGGAGUGCGUCUUGGUGGCGGAAUCCCACAAGGAUGAUCCCAGCAGAGGCCCCGCGGCGUUGAAGGCCUGGGUCACCUCCAUCGGCCUACAGCCGCUCUUCGAUCUCCACGGCCUGGGCGGGUCCUUGCCCUCGGCCAGCUUGCCUCCUACGCCGGAAAACCGACCGGAGCUCACCCCGGAGGCACUUCCUUCCUCGGGGUCUCCUGAGUUCCUGGCACCAGAAUGCUGGCGCAAAGACUACGGGCCAAAGUGUGACGUGUGGUCUUGCGGCUGUCUGCUCUUCCUGCUGCUUACAGGGCGGCCUCCCUUUUUGCCGCGGAAGUCUGUGGCGGAUUUGGCCAAGCGCCAAGGGCGGGAAUUCGGCCACGUGGUUGUCACCUUGAGGGGUGUGGUGGUGGAACCAACGGGCUGGUGGUGCAAUUUCGGAUUUGUUUGGUCCUCUGAUGUCGUCCAGCUCGAGAAUCCAUGCAUGGUGACCUUGCUCGCUGCCGCGGGGGUGCCAAUGCCAGAGACCCACGGGGCCCUGCGAGCGAUCCUCCUGGAGGAGCUGGACGAUGUUCAGGAGCUCGAGGUGUAUGAAGCCCUGGCUGUCCUGGAGGGGCCGGAGAUGAAUCCCGCAGUGCUGUCACCUUCAGAGGUGCGGUGCCUGGCCCCGCGCUUCCUGGCGUUGCUGGAGCGGCGGUGGGAGAGGCACCAUUUUGCCCUGGCGGCCCUUGGUGGACUACUGGUUCGCUGGGUGCAGGCACAGCUGCUUGAAGCCAUGGCGGCCAUCAAGUUCACUCUAAAGGUGAUCCGCCAGCUGGUUGAACGAGAGCAAGCUGCAGACGAAGCGCCAAAGAGCGCCCAAAUCAAGGAGGAGCGCGCCCAAUUCCUGGCGCAGCUGUCGCAUGCAGCGCGCCUGGGCUUUGCGCAAUGCACGGGGCGCGAAGUUGAGAUCCCUUUCUUCAUCAAAGCGCUGCACCACUUCGCAGCAGCGAACCCAGGGUCGGAGACCCAGGCCCUGUCUCUGGAGAUCUUGGCCUUCCUCUGCGGCAGGGACUCAGAUCUACCGGGUGCCGCCCACGUCCGCGAGUGCUUUCCCGCACAUGAGCUGUGGACCUUGAUGGGACACGCCUCGGAGGAAUUCCGACAGGCAAAUCCUGCGAAGGAUCUCCCACCUGGUCCCUGGAACUACUGGGUCUUGCCUCUCCUGAAAGAGGCCAGUGCAACGCAGACCACCUUGAUCGACUGCGUUGGGUUUGUGGCCGCCUGCGCGGAGUCCUCUGUGCUCGUGGGCUCCGGGGCCCUCCACAGCCCCGCACUGCUCGCAGCGCUGGCCGCCCUUGGCCGCUCGGACGGCGAGGAGCUGAGCCGCUUCGCAGAGGCGGUUGGGUCGCGGGUCUACUCGCUGGGGAAGCCUUGGCAAAACGUUGAGGAGCUCCCCUUCAGCGGUUCCGGCGGCUAUGCGGCUGACAGCAUCCUGUCCCAAGAGCCCGACUGGCACCUUUUCCGGAGCGCAUCCACGGCAGCGUUGGCGCUGUGCAAGCGCAUGCUGGACAAGGAUGAGAUGGCUCGGCCGACAGCUGGCGAUUGCCUCAGGCAUCCCUGGCUGUCCUCCUGGACCUUCAACGCCCCUACUCCCGAGCUGCCGCUCCUGCCCGAGACGUUCAGCGCACUGAUGCAGUCCCAUGCCCAGUCUAAGUUCUUCCAGGUGUUGAUGAAUGUGGUUGCGAGCGAGAUCAAGGUGGGACGUUUGGGCCUGGUGCAUGGGGCCUUCGAGCGAGUUGAUGCCAGCGGCAGUGGCUACGUCUCCAGUCAGGGGCUACAGGCGGCCCUGAAGCAGCUGGGUGUAUCGGAUCAGACCAGCGAGCAGGCGCUCCGAGCACUGGAUGUGUCUGGGACCGGCCAGAUCCCCUACACCCUCUUCAUUGCCGGAUGUGUGGACCUGGUCGAUGACAAGCUGGACCAUAUGCUCUGGAAGGCUGCUGAGGAUGUUGUGCGACAGAGUUUGCGAGCACCUAGGGCUUUGGCCUACCCUUCCAUGUUCUCUUUCACCGCAGGGGUUGCUACCAAAGAUGAAGAAGAUGAAGAGCUGGUGCAAUUGGAAGCCGAGCUCCUCCAAGUGAAACAGGAGCUCCUCGGUCGAUUGCGUGCCCUGGACGAGGGGCGUGACCUGCAGGAGGUGGAACCUGGGAUGACAGCGAGGCUCGUGUCCCAGAUCGAGGGCCUGAAGGAUUACGAUCAAAGCGUCUCGCGGGUCUUGGACAACCUUUGGCUGCUCCUCUGUGGCACGCUCCUGAUGUACAUGCACGUGGGGUUUGCCCUGGUUGAGACGGGCACUUGUAGAGCGGUCUCCGCUUCGGACACAUUGGUGAAGAACGUCUUGGGCUUGUGCACCGGCACGGUCGCCUGGUGGUCCUUGGGCUAUGGCCUGGCCAAGGGCGAGCUGCUUGGGGGCUUCUUCGGCACCAGUGGCUUCUUCGGCUCGACCCUACUUACCACGAGCUCGGAAAGCGUGACACCAGUGUGGGCAUGCAGUUCGGGAAGCUGCCCUUCGAACCUCGCAGGCUGGUUCUUCCAGUGGGCCUGCUGCACAACCUCCUCCACCAUCGUGAGUGGCGCCUUACUUGAGCGUGCACGCAGCUCCACCUACUCGGUGUACGCCUUCCUCAUGUGCGGCUUCAUGUACCCGGUGGUGGUGGCGUGGACGUGGGGUGGGGGCUGGCUCAGCGACUUCCUGGAGGUCGGCUACACCGACUUUGCUGGCAGCUGUGUGGUGCACGUGUCCGGCGGAUCGGGCGCUCUGGUGGGCACGCUUGUCUUGGGCUCGCGCCAUGAGCGCUUCGAGCGACCGCAGGCUUACGAGCCACACAACCUUCCGUUACUGGUGCUCGGGACACUCUUUCUUUGGGUCGGCUGGAUUGCCUUCAACAUGGGCGCGGUGGCUUCCAUGCACACGCAAGCAGGAGCAGCCCUGGCCGCGCAGGUUGCAGUGAACACUGUCCUUGCUGGUUCUGCCGGCGCGCUGGUGGUGUUCUGUGUGCGCUUUGCCACGACCCGGAAGUAUGAUGUGGUAGGACUGUGCAACGGGAUCCUAGCCGGCGCAGUCUCGAUAACCGCCGGCUGCGGGAACGUGGACGCCGCCAGCGCGCUCGCCAUGGCAUCGAUUGGAGGUUUAGUCUACUGUGGCGCCUCAUAUCUUCUGCGGAAGAUGCGGAUUGACGAUCCGGUGGAUGCAAGUGCAGUGCACCUGGGCUGUGGUACCUGGGGCACCUUGGCAGCGGCUCUGUUUGAUUGGGGGAGGGGCCUCGACUACUACCAUGGCCGCCAGGGCUGGACAUGUCUCGAAGCCCCUGAUUCAGGGGAUGGGGACAGGGUCUGCAUGGGCGGAGCUGCACCACGAGCCGUUCUGGUGCAGCUCGUCUUCGUCCUCUGCGUCAUCGCCUGGAUGUGCACCUGGUCCCUGGUGAUUUUUAAGCUCUUGACCUCGCUUGCUGGGCUUCGGAUUGAAGACGAGGCAGGAGGCCUCGAUUCGGCUGAGCUGGCCCAGAAGAAGGCUUACUCCCUGCAAGAUCGGGAGGGGCCCAACUCCUGGCGAGUGCUGUGGUCGUAG